CCCUCUUUCUUGAUAACAGUGGUUAAAAAUGUCUGAUGACAAAGCUGCUGUGACUGAAAUUAUUUCAGCAGUAUCUAAAAUUACAGAAUAUAAAUUAAAUGGAUCUAAUUACUUAGAUUGGAGUAAGAAAAUCAGGGUUUACUUGCGUAGUGUUGAAAAAGAUGACCAUCUUAUCGAAGACCCUCCCACGGAUGAAACUAAAAAGGCUUGGAUGAGAGAUGAUGCUAGAUUAUUUUUGCAAAUCAUAAACUCGAUUGAUAAUGAAGUAGUUGGUUUGGUUAAUCACUGUGAAUUUGUUAAGGAGUGAAUGGAUUAUUUGAAGUUUCUAUAUUCUGGCAAAGCCAACAAUGUAUUUCGAGUUUAUGAAGUUUGUAAGGCUUUCUACCGUACUGAGAAGGAAGAUAAAUCGCACACCACGUACUUUUUAAUGGAGUUUAAUAAAACCAGUGAGGACUUGAACAUGCUUCUACCAUUUCGUAGGGAUAUUAAGGUGCAACAUGCUCAGAGGGAACAAAUGGCAAUAAUGGGUUUUCUAGCUGGACUUCCCACUGAGUUUGAGACUGCUAAAUCUCAGAUUCUCGCGAAUUCUGAGAUCACAUCUCUCCAAGAUGUUUUCAUUCAAGUGUUGUGCACAGAGAGUACUCUAUCCAAUCAUCAAACCAAUGCACUUAUUGCCGAAGAAGGAGGUGGAAAUGAUGCUAGGAGAUGAAGCAACAAUGAUAUUGAUAGGUGGAAUUAUAAUAAUGAUUCCGGGAGGUGUAAUAACAACAAAGGAGGAAACAGUGACAUUAUUUGUCGCUAUUGCAAAGAACCAGGACACGUAAAGCGUAACUGUCCGAAUUUACAGAUUCGCCGCCAAGUUAUUGCUGCUUGUUAUCCUAUUUCACCCUCAACUGUUACAAUCUCGGUUGAUGAGUAUGCUAGAUUUUUAGAGUAUCAGGAAUCCAUAUAAGAAUCCGCUACUGUUCCAGCCCUUGCAGAGUCAGAUCACAUGACAGAGAGUACUCUGUCCAAUCAGCAAACCAAUGCACUUGUCGCCGAAGGAGGAGAUGGAAAUGAUGCUGGGAGGCGGAACAACAACAACAAUACUGCUGGGAGAUGGAAUAAUAACGAAGGAGGAAACAACGACCUUUUUUGUCGCUAUUGCAAAGAACCAGGACAUGUAAAGUGGAACUGUCCGAAAUUAGAGAUUCGCCGCCAAUGUAUUGAAGAUUGUGCAAGGAUUCGGGAAUCAAUGAAAGAUCCGCUCCUGUUCCUUCCCUUGCAGAGUCAGGAUCUUAUGACAAAGCAGACUAUUGGUAAGGACAUGUAUCUGAUGGUCUCUACAUUCUUGAUGCAUGGGUGCCUCGGUCAGUUGCUUGCUCCAGAAUCAGCUUGUCAUUUGAAGCACAUUGUUGAUUUGGACAUCCUACUCCUCAGUUUCAUAAUGUACCUUCAAUAGAAUGUGAGUCUUGUCAUUUUGCAAAACACCCUAUAAACUCAUUAAGCUUUCAAAUUAGUUUAUCAGAUAUUUGGGGACCAUGUCCCAUUGUGUCUAAGGUUAGGUUGAGAUAUUUCUUUACUUUUGUGGAUGAUUUUUCCGAAUGACAUGGAUACUUUAUGAUGAAAGGUGUUCUCCCAUUUCUCUAAUUUUUGUGCUGAGAUUAAGA